UUAAAAAGGUGAGGAAAUUGGAGCAGGGUGUUGCACGUAAGAGCGAGAGAGAGAGACAGGAACACGCACACACACACAGACAGACAGAGAGAGACACACACACACAGGGAAAGAGACACAGACACACAGAGAGAGAAACAGAGAGCCAGAGUGUGGCAGAGAGAAACACGGUGUAAGACAGUCAAAAAUAGAGAGAGAGAAAUACACACACACACACACACACACACACACACAAGAGGGUGAGAGACCCAGAGAGAGGGAGAGCCAGGCAGACACAAAGGAAAGCGGAGCCGCCGAGAUCGGAGUCCCGGAGAGCCGCUUUGUGCCGGGUAACCCCCGCUGCCAACAUGUCCAAAAACUUCACCGGGAACUGGAGGAUGAAGAACAGCGAAAACUUCGAGGAGCUUCUGAAACAGCUUGACGUGGGCCUGCUGUUGAGGAAGAUCGCGGUGAAAGCUGCUUCCAAUCCGAGCGUGGAAAUCAAACAGGACGGAGAGAAUUUCUACAUCAAGACAGCCACCACAGCAAGGACCACAGAGAUCAGGUUCAGGGUCGGAGAGGAGUUUGAUGAACAGACGGUCGAUGGAAGGCCAUGCAAGAGUUUGGCCAAGUGGAUUGGAGAGAAUAAGAUGGAGUGUGAGCAGAAACUGCUGAAAGGUGAAGGGCCUAAAACAUCGUGGACUCGCGAACUCACCAGCGAUGACCAACUCAUUCUGACCAUGACUGCUGAUAACGUGGUCUGCACACGUCUUUACGUCCGGAAUUGAGAUGGUGGGAUCAACCAGCAGAGCGGGGAGUCCAGCCAGAGGAAACAAGCAGCAGCAGCACAGUACCUGGAACGUGCACCCUCACCUCCGACCCCUGACCUCACACCUGAACCCGUUCACAAAGGGAAAGGGGCAACAGGGUAUCUGAGCCCCUGCCGGGAUGGACUCUUCCAUCAUCUCCCCACUACCGGAACAGACCCUCCCACAGCCACCCCCCGGCUCACCCCAUCCAACUCCUCAUCCUCCUGGGAUCCUCCCACUCCCCCAUUCCUCGGCCCCUCCCCUGGGUGGACUCUCCCAUUCUGAGUUGGACCCUCCGUUUCCCCCUUCUCCCGGAAUGGCUCCUCCCAUUCUCGCGUCUCCUUACAAUGGGCCCUCCCGUCAACCCACUCCUGUCCUCCCAUUUUUUUUCCUCUCCAGAAUGGACCCUCCCAUUUCCACCCCACCCCCCCCACCCCCGCUCUCCCAAAUGGACUCCUCCAUUCCUCCCUUUCCCGGGAUGACCUCUCCCAUUUCCCCACAUCCCCAGGAUGGGCCCUCCCAUUCUGCACCCCACAACCCCCGGAAUGGACCCUUCCAUUCCCCCCCCUUUCUGGGAUGGCUCCUCCCAUUCCCCCCACUCUUCGAUAGAACCUCCCAUUUGUUCCCCCCGCACCCCCCAUCUCUUUCCCCCCACCUACUUUCUCCUGGGACAGACCUUCCCAUUUCCCUCCCUCUCCCGGGAUUCCCAAUUUCCCCCUCCACACUUGCAGCUCUGGCCUGGAGAUACUCAUGGUGACCUCCUGGCCCGGAAUGCGCCACCCACCCCCAGCGCCCCCACUCCGCCCUAUCUCCCCAGCAUGAGUUACUACCGCUCUGUCCACACUCUGUAUUUCUGUCUUCGCCUCAUGUUCUGACCCCUCUGGUUUAUCCGAAUAAAGACUGGAGGAGGCUUCGUCUGCUUCCUCAUUUUAUCGCUU